UCAAGUCACGCUAGCCUGAUCCUGAUUUUUGACGGAAGAAGAAGCUUUCAUCCGUGAAAACCUAUUAUUUCAAUGCCAAAAUUUCCAGCGACAGUGAGUCAUUCUGAUGAAACUUCCAGGCCGUGCAUCAUUGUUCAUGGAGGUGCUGGGGAAAUCCCAAUACCUCGCAGAACAUCCUGUCUCUCCGCUGUGAAGGAAGCGGCCAAGAUUGGAUAUCUAAUGCUCUUGGAAGGGAAAAGUGCAUUGGAUGCAGUGGAGGCAGCUACACGUAGUAUGGAGGACAGCGGAGUUCUAAAUGCAGGACGAGGAUGCUACCUUACGGAAGAAGGAACUGUUGAACUUGAUGCUAUGAUCAUGGAUGGUCAAACCUUAAACACUGGAGCGGUGGCCUGUGUCAAGAAUAUUGCAAAUCCCAUUUCUUUGGCACGCAAACUAAUGACAGACACAUCUCACUGUAUGCUGGCUGGGGAAGGAGCACUGAAAUUUGCAAGAAAAAUUGAUUUUCCCAUUUCGGAAGACCCUAGCCUGUUGAUCAGUAAUCGUUCACAGCAGUUAUAUUUAGAGAAAAAGUCCAAACAGGAAAAUCUGGAAGAAAGUGCAAGUUCUAAAAGCAAGGACUCCAAUCUUCAAGAUGACCACAAGAAGAAAACAGAAACCCAGUUUGAUGAACAUGAUACAGUUGGUGCAGUUGCCAUUGAUACCAAUGGCCAUAUUGCUGUUGCUGUUUCAACAGGAGGUACUUCUAACAAGAUGUGUGGCAGGGUAGGAGACUCACCCCUGGUGGGGUCAGGUGCUUAUGCUAAUCAGCAAGCAGGUGCUGUAUGUACUGGUCAUGGAGAGUCCUUACUUAAAGUACUCUUAUCUAGAGAUGUUGUGUACAGUGUGGAAAAUGGAAUGACACCACGUUAUGCUUGUAGAAAAGUGAUUAGUAAGAUGGCUGAGCAGACAGGAGGUCAUGGAGGUGUUAUUUGCUUGGACAAGUUUGGAAAUAUCGGACUGGAAUUCAAUACAGGACGAAUGGUGUGGGCAUCUGUUACAGAUGAAGGUUUUCUGAAAUAUGGAAUCGAUCCUGGAAAGGAAAUCAUGAACUAUGACUCUCCACUGAAGAAAAUGUUGGAAUGAUUUGCAUGAGCUUACUAAUUGAUAUGAAAGAUGUAUAAGUUCUUAUUGGCUGUUUAAUAAGAGGUAAUUUAUCUUUAAAUGAUUGGGCAUACUGAUUCUAAUCUUCAUGAACAAAGAAGUCAGUGAAAUUUGCUUUCAGAAGAUUAUGAUUUAUAAGUAAAUUGAUAUUUUCUGUCACACAGUUGUUUGCAUUCUCUUCAUUCUAAACAAAAUUUUUAAACUUUUUACUUUUAAUCUUAUUCCUGCACUAUUUUUAAAUAGUUUGAAAAAGGUUUUUUUAUAUAUGUGUAGCAGGGGCAGGGCACCCAUUUCUCCGCCCGCGAGAAGAUUGGAGACGAAUCAGGGAGAGGUUGCCGGGGGUAUGGCACUAAUUUUAAGUGUUAGACCCUUUUGCUGAGCUCUCGCCUGUUCGCGUUGUUCAAGGUCCCUCAAGACAUGACAUUUCCCCUUGGAGAAAGAUUCGUGCCUAGGCACGAAUAAAAUGAGGAUCUCCUCGCAGACUUUUUCAAAGAUCGCUAGGAUUGUUUUCUUGCAAAUAAUUAACUUCAAUUUAUUGGUGUUUUUCUUUUAAGAGGCCUUUCUAUUAAGUCAGCAAUUUUAGUCACUGUUAAGAAUUACUCUCUUAAAAAUAAUAAAGUUUCCCUAAAGAGA